AGCGAGUCUCCAGAGCAGCAAAAAGGCUCGCAUUGAGGAUGAUCGUCUCUCUCCGCGGUGUAGCCUUCUCGGCGAACAUGUUUUAAGUCUCCUCAGAGCUGUCAGAUGGAUCUGAGUCCUUUAUUUUCUGUCUGCUUCAUGAUGAUCUGUCUGCUCGGAGCUGCGAUCUGCUCCAACGGCGACAAAAACAGUUGUGAAUGUCCAGAACCUCCUAGAUUGAAUUUAACUGUACCAGCAGGGACCUGCUUCAAGAGUGGCAGCUCAUUUCGCUACCAGUGUAUUGAAGGAUACGUGAGGGAGGCAGGAACUUCAAAUUUAAUCAGAUGCAAGAAGGAUGAUGACGGUUCUGCAUACUGGGCCCCGUCACGCCCAACCCUCAAUUGUAAACCUGACCCAAAGAAAACCACAACAAAACCACCACCGAGCCAAGUAACACAGGGUUACACUGAUAUUCUCCGUGACUCCACUGUUACCACCACAGUCACAGCACCUUCCACCAGCCCACAGAUGACCCAGAGUGAAAGCCCCUCGUCUUCAGAAACGGCAGAACCCCCCAGCGCAGAGCCAACCACACCUGGUCUGUGGACCGUGUCAGAUCACUCACCAGCUGUAACAGUAGAUGUUAGGACAGGGACCAAAACGACACAUAGGACAACAUCAACCUCAACCACCACUGGGACAGAUAUUUCUCCAGAGUACAACCACGCCGGCUUGCAACUUGGCAGCACAACAACUGCAUUGAUCGGCUGUGCUUCGUUGGCGAUCGUCUGUGCUUUGAUUGGAAUCAGCAUCUUUUGCUAUAGAGGGAGAUCAAAAAGCAACAUCCCACCAGAGAAAGCAGAAGAACGGAUACCCAUGAAUUAUGCUCCAACUGAACAGGCGUAGAGUUUGUCGACCCGCCGCUUUCACAGAGAGCAGCAUGAGAUUGUCCCCAUGCAGAGAAGGAUGGGUCAAUAACAUGCAGCGAUCGCUUCCAUCUGACUUAUUCUGUUUGCAUUAUCAGAGAGCACAGUUGCUGGCUGAUAUUUGUUGUUUGCACAUGCCCAAGAAGUUGGACUCGCAACCUGUCUCUGAGCUCAUCUCAACCAAAUAUGCGAACUGCAUUCAAGGAACUUUAAUUUUGAAGACCCUGUGGUGCUACAGCAGGAGGAGCUUUUUUCUUUCCUCGUAGGGUAAGCUUAAAUGUUUCUUACUGUCAUCAAAUCCCAUGAAAGUACAAAAACUUCCAAUGAAUGAAUCCUUUCAACAAGUUUGGUCUGUUAAGCCAAAGCCUCUUAUAGUCUCAUAUAUCCUUAGUGCAAUAUUAAGACCACAUCAGUGCGCUGCACCUUUGCCCUAGGUGACAUGUUCCUACAUCACAAUGAACAGUCCUGUCGCUGUAAACAGUCACCAGAUGACCAAAUCGGCAUCUCAUAAUACAGUUUACCAAGGAAUAAUGUUCUCUUAAAACAGCAGUGCCCCAUUAGAAAAUACUUGCUCCAGAAAAAACUGUCCCACUGCUGGCCUCUUUUUCAGUAUUGUUAAACAGUGGCACUUUCCGGAACAAAUGACCUAUUUUACACUACCCAGAAAACAAUUGGGAGGAAAACUGUGAAAAAUAUGUGUAUUCAUUUAGCUAAUGAGACAUUUUUUUCCAAAAUGAUUACAAAAGCUUCCGUUUACUUUCAGAAUUGGGAAACACCAUAAAUCGGUGUCCUUUCUGCCCCAGUUAAUGCACUGGUUCAGAUGCACAAGUUCCAAUUGACAGGGAAGUGUCCCCUGAGCCCCCCCGAUCCAACUCUAAUGAGUUUGGUGCUGAGAGCCACAGAAAGGCAGGGGAAUUUGGGAAGUAUUGUGAGACACACUAAUUGUUGGUUUUGCUCCUUUCAUGGGAAUGGUUGUCAAUAAGGAAAAUAUAGUGUAGCUGUGAAUUUAUCCUAACAGUGUUGAUUGCUCAGUAAAUGUGAGGUUAUCAGGUCUUUGUGAUAGUCUGCACUCUGGUUGUAACACUGUCAGUGAAUAAACUGGAGUCUUAGAGAGUUAAAGGUCUAGUGUGUAGGAUUUAGUGACAUCUAGCUGUUAAGUUGUAGAACAGAAAUUUCUCUAUGUGCCAAUAGAGUGCCCCAAAGGUGAUGUUUUUCUGUAGGCUGACCAGAAAGUUAGAUUAAUCCUCCUCCUAAGCCUAAUGGAUUUUUCCAAUGAAUUUUGGAUCAUUGCCAAAAACAAGCUCUGUAGCAAAUCAAUGUUUAUAAUACUUGCGUGAUAAUCUUUCCAAACAAACACCACUUUCAGGAUUUUAGAAUCUUAAAUGCAAUCGCACCAAAUAAAAAUCUACUGGCUAGGCUAUAGCAAACUAUGGUCGCGUUGCCACCGCUACGAGGCUGUAAACCUGUGUUUAGCACAGCUUGAUGUGAUGAUGCUUUGUAGCCUUAUGUAGUCCCUUGUUAAAAAUCUUCAGAAUUUGCAAGUGGGGUAUUACUUACAUAUUUAUGUUGCAGAACAAAACAUGAAGGUCUGUUAAGCUUGUGGUAACCAGACAUCUAACCAAAAGUCCAUUCAAAAAGCUGAUUGACUUUGAGACAAGCAAGCUGGAAAAGGGUGUUUCUCUAUUGUAGAAGAAGUACAGCAGUCAACAGGAAAAUCUGAAUUGCCCUAUCUGGAGCCAGUGUUGGAUUUGUCAGCCCUGGGCUACUGUAGAACAACAUGGUCAACUACGUGGAAGAGGACCAUGGAUGUAUAAAGAGAGGGAGUGAGUCAAAAAAGGUCAACUGCUGUGUAAAAAAGUUAUAUAUGAUCUGCACUUCUUUCACUUUGUGGCCCACAGUUUAUUGCUCAGCUAACUUGAAUGGCGAUAAAACAGUUCAAGCUUGUGUCUUUUAGACUUGCAGAAAGUUAUCAGACGUUUUAGGCCACAUAGCAUAGCGUUACAGAUGUUUGGCCAUUACAAAAGCUAGAGGCAGAGUGCUUGGCCUCACUAUACCAUUUUUUUUCUUCUUUAGAUUAACUUGUUUGACAUUGCUGAACCAGAUGUAAUUAUUUGUCUAGCUGUUGUUUGUUUAGCUGCUGGACCUGUAAACUAUUGGUACAGAGCCAGGGUCAUGGACCAGUGUUUAUGUGUGUCCAACCUUGUCUCCGAGAAGGGUCAGUUCACCCACAUCACAAAGGACAUAUUUUGUCACUUUAAUGAGGGCUAGUCAUGCAUAUAUUUUAUCACCUGAGAUAUUUAGCUGUGACACUUUGUCUGCCACCUCAGUAAAAAAAGGGUAAUAAAAGCAUUUUGUUUGUGCUGCUAAGAGAACAAAACCAAUGAAAUUAGAAAAACUAUGCAGCAAGAUGUCUUUUUGAUAACCAGUCCACAGACAGACCUGAUUUUAACCACCCUUUAAUUUUAGAUAUUAAACUGCCCCUUAGUUUAAAAAAAAACCCCAUCAAAUUCUUAGGAAACUUGUCAAGGAAAUAACUUCAACUGUGGCUGUCUGGCCCUGCAGAGUGCAAGCAAAAAGAGGAAACACACCCAGUCACCACGACUGACCACGUCAGUUGAGGUAUGGAAACUGUCUCCAAACCAAAUUGGUUUGUUCCAACACAGUUUAGAUCAUGGUCAUUUAUUGCAUAAUAGAUGAUAAUAAAGGAGGAAGUUAACACCCAAACCUCAUCUGAUCCUUCACCAGAUUGUUUGUUUUAGAUAUUAUCUCUCACUGAAAGCUUCCUCUUAAUGACCUCAUAGUGUAAAAUUUGUAUUCUAGUUACAACUGGCUGAGUGCAGUAUAAAUGCCCAGUAUGAUGAAAGUAAAGCUUUAAUAUGGGGUGUUAAAAUAUGAAUCAAUGUAUGACUGUAUCAUUAUGUAUGUACCAUUUCCAUUUAGGCCUGAUAUUUAUGUACAACUGGAUGUUUUAUGGUAUAAAUAAUAAAUAAAAAUCAGUUUAUCAGUGUUAAUCUGCUUGCCUACUUUUGAACUGUGCAUUCCACUUCCAUGCAAAUAAAAAUGUUUUAUAAUGA